AUGGCAGACUACGACAGUGAUUCCUCCGAGCAGGAGUUUACCGAGACCAAUGUAUUACUCGGUUAUGCCACCAAAGAUGCCGACGAGGACACCAUCAGCCGUCUCGGUGGUCAACCAGAAUGGCUGAACCCCGAACAACCCGCCUCAGCCGCCCUCGCGCGCUGCAAAGUGUGUAACGACAUCAUGGUCCAGCUCUUGCAGCUCAACGGCGAGCUCCCCGAAAAGUUCCCCGGCCACGAGCGCCGCCUCUACGUCUUCGCAUGCCGCAGGCCGACAUGCCGGCGCAAGCAGGGCAGCAUCCGCGCCAUGAGAGGUGUCAGAGUAUCCAAGGACGCACCUGCAGCUGGAGCGAAGAAGGCCGAGACGAAGCCGCCGAAGAAAAUGGUUGAGGAGGAUCCCAAGAAGAAUGACGGUCCCGGCCUCGGCAGCGCGCUGUUCGGCGGCGGUGGCGGCGGAGCAGGCGCCGCAAACCCAUUCGCUAGCAACGCGAAUCCCUUUAGCACGGGGGCUUCGUCGAGCAGCCCCUUUAGCACGGCUGCCCCACCCGGCAGCAUCCCUCCCCAAGACCUUUGCCGAGACCCUCAAUCUCAACAAUCCGCAGACUCCCUCCGGCCCGCCCCUCCGCCGGAGCCCUGGCCCGCGGCCGACGCCCUGCCAAAGUCCUACCCGCUCUCGUACCUCGCGGACGCCGAGUUCGAGACGCUGGACCCGGAACCCAUGCCGGUGCCGCAGAACGCGCGGAUGGAGGUCGACAAUGAGGGCGGUGCUGGUGCCGCAGGUGGCGAUACCAAGGACAUCUUCGAGUCGUCCAUGGACGCCGUGUUCCAGAAGUUCGCGGACCGCAUGGCGCAGAACCCGGAGCAGGCCAUCCGCUACGAGUUCGCCGGCGCGCCGCUGUUGUACUCCAAGGCCGACGCCGUCGGCAAGGCGCUCGGUGGCGGCGGAAAGAUGCCAAGGUGCGGCAACUGCGGCGCCGGAAGGGUUUUUGAGGUGCAGAUGACGCCGCACGCCAUUACGGAGCUCGAGGCUGAAGAACUCUCGCUCGAGGGCAUGGAUUGGGGCACAAUCAUUGUGGGGGUCUGCGAGGCGGACUGCCAGCCGAGAGGGGUCGAGGCUGGUGAGGCGGGGUAUCUUGAGGAAUGGUGUGGUGUUCAAUGGGAGGAGCUCGCGAAGCGAUGA